AUAUUUAAAAUCAGGUUCGGUAUUUCAUUUUUGCACUUUUGUUUCGCUUCACUUUGCUUCGGUGAGCCGUUAGACUUCCGAACCUCUGCCGAAUCUGCUUUUCCUUUUACUUCCCCCUUUGGCUCGUUCUCCUUCCCUUCGAUUCUCAAACGCAGAAACUCUCAGAGACAAAAAUUAGGGUUUUGAUUCUGUCUUCUUUAAUAGUCAGUACUUUUAUCUCUUUAUAUUUUGAAUAAUUCACAGUGCAUUCUUCUAUAAACCCUAGAUUUUUUUUCUUCUAGGGUUUGUAUUUGAAUCUCAUCUCUUAGGGUUAGGUAUUUAGGGAUUUGAAGGACUAUGAAAGGGAAUAGAAUGGCAAAGAGGUCUUCUUUUGGAAGCAUUGUGAGGAAGAGACUGUCUGAUAUUACCAAUUCAAUUCCACAGCCCAAAUCCCCUAUCCCUCAUAAGAAGGUCUCGCCGCCAGAUUCCUCGGCUAAGGAAUGCAUUGAUCAUCUUGUCAAGGAAAACAUAGCACUGGCAAAACUCGUUGCAGACAAGAAUCAAAUCAUUGAAUUUACUGGGAUAGAGUUGCAGAAGAUGCGAAUUAAUCUUCAGAAAAUGCAGCUGCAGAAUUGGAACCUUGCUCAAUCCAAUAGCCAUAUAUUAGCGGAGAUUAAUUUAUGUAAAGAAAAGCUAAAGGCACUUCAGCACGAUAACGUGUGCAAGGAUGCGCUGCUUAAAUCAAAAAAUUUGGAACUGGGGGGGAAAGCAAAGACGAACAGUCAAAAAAACUGCUCUCAGGUUGGCUCAAAGGAAGGGGAGGAGGCAGUUGAUGAACUUACAUCUAAUGAUAAUAGUAAACUUUGUGAAGGCCAGAGAAGGCGCCCAACAAGAAGUCAAUGUAAAUUUGGAUCCUCAAAUACGAUGGGCCCUUCGACUACAUCUAAACAAGUUGCAGAAAAGGAGACAUCUGAAAGCAAAAGACGUUGUUUGAGAAGACAAUCUGCUAGGUUUAGAUACCAACAGCAUGAACCUAAUGAGGACCUGUUUGAGAUAGAAGAUGCGAAAUUUCUACUUGCUCCGACUCCAUUUGGUUCACCUAUCAGAAAAGAAGAGAACGAUGAAAAUUGGGCCCCAGCAGGAUCUGACGCUCGAGAAUCACAAAGAACGUCUCUAGGCAGACCAAUGCGGAGAGCAGUUCAGAAGGUUCAGUCCUACAAGGAAACUCCUCUGAAUAUCAAAAUGCGGAGGUCAGGAUGAGCUUACUCCAUUGUUACUUAAUCGUUGGGAUCCAUGGACUGACUCGGUCAUCCUUUUGUGUUCUUGUUUUGCUAAUAUUAUUGUUUUUGUAGAUUAUGGAAUCUCUUCUUAAUUUAUUUGGGUAUUAUUUGUCAAGUUUCUGUAAAAACACAACUGUUUUAUUAGGCUUCUGCGGAAUGCUACUUUUGUUGAUCCGAAGUACUUAACACGAUUAACCAUUUACUAA